AGCAGCAGCGGCAGCAGCAGCAGCUACAACAGCAGUAAUGGCCGCUUUCCGCAGAGUGGCAGCGCUGGCCGGUAAGCUAAACCUCUUGUCGUCGGCGAGAAACGAGCUCGUCGGUGGUCAAACGGCCAGUGGAGGAAGAACACGGAGGUGUCUCGCUGUCGGGAUGUGUCUUGCAACGGGAGGCGCCGUGGCGCUUUACUUCUACAACGAUAUGACGAGCGGCAGAGGCAGGAAGAGGAUGGGGAGUCACAGCAUCAACGGUUUGCUACCGUCCAUCCCGACUGUUGAAGCCAAGGAGAAGGCACGUCUGUUUGACUUUGAGGAUGGAGACGUGUACAUGUCGUCCCAUGAGCAUCGCUUCCGCAUGUUUAGCUCUGUAGAGUAUGAUGGGCAGCUGUACAUGACUCCACAGAACUUCAUCGAGUCGGUCACCAUGAACGAACCUAGAAACAAGAGGCCCUGGAGGUCCCUGGCCAAACAGGAGCUGGAAAAGGUUUUGUCAGAAACUCCCCCAGUAUGGAGAGGAUCCUCCAAACUGUUCCGCAACCUGAGAGAACGAGGCAUCAUCUCAUACACAGAGUACCUGUUCCUGCUCUGCAUCCUGACAAAGCCCCAUGCUGGCUUCAAGAUUGCUUUCAAUAUGUUUGAUGCAGACGGCAACCAGAUGGUGGACAAGAGGGAGUUCUUGGUGCUUCAGGAGAUCUUCCGGAAGAAAAAUGAGAAGAAAGGGAGAAAAGGAGAUGCUGAGAAGUCGGCACAGUUGAGUAUGCAGCUCUAUGGAUAUCAGGUUGCCCCCAUGAACAGCGUGCUAAAAAAAGAGAGUCAGGAGUUUGUGGCGCGGAGUUACUGGGACGUUCUGAGGCGAAGCGCCAGUCAAGUCCUCUUUUCUGACCUGGCGGAGCGAGCAGAUGAGAGUAUCACGAUUGACACCACCCUGUUGGUCCAUUUCUUUGGGAAGAAAGGGAAGGCAGAGCUCACAUUUGAUGACUUCUACAGGUUUAUGGAUAACCUUCAAACAGAGGUGCUGGAAAUUGAGUUUCUGACCUACUCUAAAGGGAUGACCACCAUCAGUGAGGAAGACUUUGCCAAAAUCCUGCUUCGCUUCACCAAUGUGGAGAACAUCAGUGCCUACCUGGAGAAUGUCCGCCAGUGUAUACCUGACGAGAAGGGAAUCACCUUUGAUGAGUUCAGAUCAUUCUUCCAGUUUCUCAACAACCUUGAGGACUUUGCCAUUGCCAUGCAGAUGUACAAUUUUGCUUCUCGCUCCAUUGGACAAGAUGAGUUCGCACGAGCGGUGUAUGUGGCCACUGGGCUGAAGCUGACACGUCACCUUGUACACACAAUCUUCAAGAUCUUUGACGUGGAUCAUGAUGACCAGCUCUCCUACAAGGAGUUCAUUGGAAUAAUGAAGGAUCGGCUGCACAGGGGAGGCAGGGUGAAGGGCCGACACCACACCUCCUUCUCCGCCUGUGUUCGCUCUGGGGCCAGAAGACAAGUGCACCAGCUCUGGAAGAGGUACACAGAGAAGCCGUAGAAGAGGAGGGAGAAAGAAGGCAGAAAAUAAACAUGAAGGAAAAAGUGUGAGGACGGCAUAAAGUAAAACUUGAGCUCUGACUUUUAUAGCCAGUGGCGUGGGUUAACAUUGUGUUUUUAAGGGCAGAUCUCCAUUCAACUUCCAAAAGCAACUACAAUAACUACAAGCAUGCCUGCACACAGCUGACUGACACUCUGUAUCACUGUAUGAUGAUAAUGAGCAACACAUCUCCUGUUUUGGUCCUGUUUUCCCAGUUGUCUUGAUCUGAUGCCAAAGUACAUUGCGAUUUACAGUGUACAUAAAGAAGAUUAGACUAUGACUUUAAUCUCCAAGCAUGGCACCUCCUCAACAGUCAGUGGAACUGCAACUAAUGAUUAUUUCUAUUUUGGAUAAAUCUACCUUUUUUAAAAGCUAUAAAAACAUUUUAUAACAAUAGUAUAUAGCUAUAACUAAGCAAGUUACAGCAUGUUUAAAGUUCUACCAGCCAAAUUAUAUUUUCACUUAAUGAACAACAUUUUUCCAUUACUAAUUAAAACUAUAUAUAUACACACACAGUAUAUAUGCCUUUUUAGGUAAGAAUAAUUAGCUGAACUGCUGCACUACAAACUGUAACAACUUAAAGAGCACAACAGUAUUUAAAAAACUUGUUUGAUAAUGAUAACGUUAUCCAUGUACAAUGAAUAACUGUAAUGUUAGUUAAUAUAUAACAUAAGACUGAAAUCGUGGGAAUGAAUGAACGUGUUGUUAAUAUGUAUUGUCUUCACCUCUGUUUAAUUAUCUGUCUUUUUUACCUUACAUUUUGUUUGAUCUCUCUAGCUAGUUGAUGUGAUGCUUUGCACUAAGAGAGUAUAUAAACACUACUGCUACAGCAAGGAUGCUAUAUUAUCCUAAUAUAACUACAGCACCGAUUUAUUUGACCUAAAUUUGACAUUGAAUGGGAUUUUGUAAUCUAGUAAUUGUAUUGUAAUUUCAAUAUUUGACAUGUCUUGAACCUAUUUUGUGUCUUAGUUGCAUGUAUGAUGGCAAUAUAUAUGUAUAUACUGUAUAUGAUAUAGAUGUCCACAUAGGUGCCUUCUUUGCAUUCCCUUUGUCAUCCGAAAAAUUUCACAUUUUCAGCAAAUAAUUUAGCACUAUGGAGCUUUUAACAGUAACAGAACUGCAAAACAUGUGCAUUCAUUGCAUUAUAUGUAGGUAUAGCAUACUAUCUGUGAUUCAUCACCCAAUAUCUAAUGUUGUAAUAUAUUAUAAAUCAUUUAAUACGAUUUUUGAAUGUCUUGGUGUGGUAUAUGGAAUAUAUUUUGAAUAUAUCGAAAUUAAGGAACUCUAGACAUGAAGAAAAUGUAAAGUUAUUCCUCAUAAUGUAAAUUAUUCUCAUCAUGUUGCAAUAAUUAAUGUAUUUGUCACCUCAGUG